UGAGACAAGGCUGAGUAUAGCACACAAAGAUCUCCUCCACCACACGAGCCCGAGGGAGCGCACAACCAAACAGGAAGAUCAUGUCAGUGACUCAUCCCACUCAAAUCGAGUAUAACAAAAAAAGCCUGACAUGACAUGACAUAAUAAAACACUUGUUAGCAGAAUUACAUUUGGGGAAAUCGGGUCUAGACUUCAUAUUCCUUAUCUAUUAUUAUUAUUAUUAUUAUCAUUAAAUAGCCUACCUAAAAUAUGUCAUGAGUCUUGUUAAACUAGGUUGCAGGACAUUAGCUUCAAAACACAAAUCGUCCUAGGUCCCUCAAAUUAAACAAAAUCAAAUUUUCAAAUGUGAAAAGAGGGCCUUGUGGGGGGGAAAAGGUUGGGAACCCCUGCCAUACAUAACCUGAAACUAGCAAAAGUGUACCUGGAAUUGACUAUUUAAUAUACAAAUAUUUUGAAACAUGCCCAUACUCACAAUUUAUACCAGGAUUGCCUGAAUGCAAUACAAAUGAAUUCAGAACUAAAGUUAUGAGUCAAAAGUCACUUGGCCUUAUUUUAUACCAAAGCAAAUUACUUUCCCAUCCGAUUUGAUUUCUGUAUAAUUGAUUUCCAUCUGUCUACAUUUUCAGAAGAAAAAAUAUGCGCACUAAGUCCACCCGACCAGCAGAGUUCCCUGUUGUCAAAACGAGUCCGUCUAGGCGUAAUGUGACUCUUGUCCAUUUCGCUUGCUGUGGUCGGCAACCGAUGUUAUGCUUUUAGGAAACUCACAAAUAUCUGCCUAGAAGUUUGCCUAGCUUAUUGAUACUGCGUGUCUAUGCCUUAUUACACCCAGGAAAAUGAAAACACCGAUAAUGUAUACUUUUUAAAGUUUGUGAUAGAUCAUAAUUUCAGGCAUGGUGCUCCUCACCUUCCUCAUAACUCGGUCCUUGUGUAGGAUGCUUGAAAGGGAUUGAAGGCAAGUCAACGCCAUGGGCAACCACGACAACUUUGAAGAUGUGUUUGUUGCUGUCAUUCGUCCAAAGAAUAAAGUCAGUCUGAGCUCUAAGGAAUAUCGGGCUAAAGCCUAUGAGAUCCUGUUGAUAGAACUUCCUUUGGAAGGAAAAGAGAAGAAACAGAAGAAAAUCUUACUGGCGACCAAAAUCCAAGCCAAUGGGGACACAGCCAGAUCCAUUUUAGAUUAUGUAGACAAAACAACAAAACCCAUAUCUAACAACCAGGGUUUUAUUGGAAAGCGUGUGGUGCACAUGAACAAAUUCCCUCUCGAUGUUGACAAUGAAGGGAAAGAGGUCUCCCUCGUUAUUGUGCCAAUCAAUGUCAAAGAUAACAGCAAGCCUAUCUACAGCCCUGGGAGCCCCAGUUUUUACUGCCUGCAGGAUAUCAUGCGUGUGUGUAGCGAGACCAGUGCUCACUUCUCCCCCAUCACCUCAAAGAUGCUCCUGGCCUUGGACAAGUGGCUGGCAGAGCAGCACACCAUGCCUCACGCCAUUCCAGCUCUGUUCCGGCCCGCGCCGGUGGACCGAGUCAAGACCAACGUGAGUAACCCUGCCUACAUCAGCGAAGGCAAACCCAUUGACGGGGGUUUGCACAUGGGUUACACUGCCUUGGAGAUCAAGAGCAAGAUGCUGUCACUGGAGAAGGUUGACAUGUGCAUUCAGAACCCUCUCUACGGAUCAGACCUGCAGUAUACCAACCGGGUGGACAAAGUUAUUAUCAACCCUUACUUUGGCCUUGGUGCUCCAGAUUACUCUAAAAUCCAGAUCCCUAAGAGAGAAAAGUGGCAGCACGGCUCUAACAGUGUGACAGAGGACAAGGAGCGCCAGUGGGUGGAUGACUUCCCCCUCCACCGCAGUGCCUGUGAAGGCGACACAGAGCUGCUCACCAAGCUCCUGGAAAGUGGCUUCUCAGUCAAACAGCUGGACAGUGACCACUGGGCCCCCAUCCACUACGCCUGCUGGUAUGGUAAAGUGGAGGCGACCAAGCUACUGCUGGAGAAGGGAAACUGUAACCCCAACCUGCUGAAUGGCCAUCUGAGCUCCCCGCUGCACUUUGCUGCAGGAGGGGGCCACUCAGAGAUAGUACAGCUUCUGCUCCAGCAUCCUGAGAUAGACCGGCACAUAGAGGAUCAGCAAAUGAGAUCGCCCCUGCAAAUCUGUGAAGAGAACAAGCAGAACGAAUGGGAGGAGACAGUGAAACUUCUACAGCAAGCCAAUAACAAACCAUACGAGAAGGUGCGCAUCUACCGCAUGGACGGCUCGUACCGCUCGGUGGAGCUGAAGCACGGCAACAACACAUCAGUGCAGCAGAUCAUGGAGGGCAUGCGGCUCUCCAAGGACACCCAGCAGUACUUCACCAUCUGGAUCUGCUCCGAGAACCUCAACCUGCAGCUGAAGCCCUACCACAAGCCCCUGCAGCACCUGCGUAUCUGGACAGAGAUCGUCACUGACCUCACUGUCCUGGACCCCCAGAGGGAGAACCCACAGCUCUUCCUCCGUAGAGAUGUCCGUCUGCCCCUCGACAUUGAGAAAAAGAUUGAGGACCCCCUGUCCAUCCUGAUCCUGUUUGACGAGGCCAGACACUGCCUCCUCAAGGGCUUCUUCCCCUCCCUAGACAGCAAGCUGAUCACCCUGGCCAGCUUGCUGCUGCAGAUCAUCUACGGAAACUAUGAGAGCAAGAAGCACAAGCAGGGUUUCCUUAAUGAGGAAAACCUGAAAUCUAUUGUCCCGAUAUCCAAGGUGAAAAGCAAAGCGCAUCAUUGGACAAACCGGAUUCUUCAUGAGUAUAAGAGCCUCAGUAUGAGUGAGGGUGUGAGCAAAGAGAUGCACCACCUCCAGAGGCUCUUCCUGCAGAACUGCUGGGACAUCCCAACAUAUGGUGCUGCCUUUUUCACGGGCCAGGUCUUCACCAAGGCUAGCUCCAGCAACCACAAAGUCAUCCGCGUCUUCGUGGGUGUCAACACCAAGGGCCUGCACCUCAUGAACAUGGAGACCAAGGUCCUUCUUAUCAGUCUGGAGUAUGGCUCUUUCAUGUGGCAGCUAGGGCACGCUGAUCAGUAUUUACAGAUUCACAGUCUGGAAAACAAGAUGAACUUCAUUGUCCACACCAAACAGGCUGGCCUUAUUGUUAAACUGUUAAUGAAGUUGAGUGGACAAAUGACUCCGAAUGACAGAAGUUUAACAGACAAGUAUGCAUAUGGUUGACUCCCCUUCAAAGACAAUAUUAUUCCCAUGUACUUUUUUGUCGGUUGCUUUGCUUUCUUGUACUGGACCAUUGCUUUUUUUGAGGAAAAAGUAUUUUCACCAAAAACGUUUCACAUUUUGUUUAUUUGAUAUUCUGAUUUCUGUAACGUUUUCAAAUUAUUACAUGCUGUAAUUUUUCAUGGUUGUAAAUAACGUGUAUUUAAUGGUUCAUUUUAAUAAAAUGAAUAAUUAUGA